AUGGCGACCCUCAGGCAGCUCCCCCUGGGCGUGAAGGCUGCCCUGGCUGCUGGCACUGUCUUCAUGUCCAUGAUGGUCUCCCGCUCGUAUCUGGCCGAGAACUUGGAGCUCAGGGCCUGGCGGUGGCUGCUGCGCCUGCAGCUCGCCCUGUUCGCCAACUCCCUCAUGCUCAUGGGUUCCCUGUACAUCUGGCGCAGCGCGGUGAGCGACCUCCGGCACUCCCCGCUGGCCGAGUCGGCCUGCUUUCGGCUCUGGAAGCUGGCCGUGGUGACGUUCCUGGCGCUGGCGCACUCCAGCUUCUUCACCAUGCUCUUCUUGGUGGCCGAGGAGCCCUAUCUCUUCUCCUUGGCCGCCUACUCCUGCCUCGGCGCCUACAUCAUCAUGGUCUUCUUCCUCGCCAUCCUCAGCGCCAUGGAGCAGGCCUCGCAGCUCUUGGCCUGGCGCAGUGGCAGGGCGGUGGGCGGCCUCAACAAGGCCAGGAGGCCGGCGCUCAGGCCCGCCCUGGCUGUGGCUGUGACCUUGGUGCUCAGCGUGGCGGGGCUUCUCAAUGCCGCCCAGCCACCAGCUGUGAAGACGGUGGAGGUGCCCAUCCACCAGCUGCCCGCGGCCAUGGACAACCUCAAGAUCGCGCUGCUCUCGGACAUCCACCUGGGUCCCACGGUGGGCAGGACCAAGAUGGAGAUGUUCGUGAGCAUGGUGAAUGCGCUGGAGCCUGACGUCACGGUGAUCGUGGGCGACCUAUCGGACUCGGAAGCGGCCAUCCUGAGGACAGCUGUCGCCCCCCUGGGCCGGCUGCAGUCACGCCUGGGCACCUACUUCGUCACUGGGAACCACGAAUAUUACACAUCGGAUGUCAGUAACUGGUUCACCCUGCUGGAAUCACUUAACGUCCGUCCCCUCCACAAUGAGAAUGUGAAGAUUUCAGCCACCGGGGCCCAGCAUGAAGGAGGUGAGCAGGGGGACUGGAUCUGCUUGGCCGGGGUGGACGACAUCGAAGCAGACGUCAUGCACUACUCCGGCCACGGCAUGGACCUCGUCAAGGCUCUGGGGGGCUGCAGCCCAGACCACGCCACCAUCCUGCUGGCCCACCAGCCCCUGGCUGCCAAGAGGGCCCUUCAGAUGCGGCCAGAUAUUAACCUGGUCCUGUCCGGGCACACGCACGCAGGACAGAUUUUCCCCUUGAACGUGGCAGCCUACCUCCUGAACCCCUUCUUUGCUGGGCUCUACCGUGUGGCCCAGACCACAUUCGUGUAUGUCAGCCCAGGCACGGCUUACUACGGUAUCCCCAUGAGGCUGGGGAGCAGGGCGGAGAUCACGGAGCUCAUCCUGCACAGGGCCCCCUGA